GGGGUACUCUCUACUCACAAACAGGAACAUCAUGUCAGAAACUGCAGACGUAAAGACGGAAGGAGAGGAGCACGGGGAAACGCAGCAAGCUGAAGAGAAGCCAGUAGAGUGUAUUCAACCUGGAGAUGGUGACCUUAGUCUGGGAUGGGACACGUUAAAGUCGGUCGAUACGGCGGAUUUGAAGAAGGAAGGCGAAUCUGACCAAGAGCAGACGGGAAGUGAGAAUGCUAAAGAAGAGACACAACAGGAAGGCACACCCAGUCUAGGAUGGGAUACAUUGAAGUCUGUUGAUAUGGAGGCUGAUUUGAAGAAAGAAGAGGAAGAGCAACAGAAAAAAGAACUAGAAACAGAGCAGAAAGAAGAGCAAGAAAAGAAGAGAGAGGAAGAAGAGAAAAAGAGAAAGGAAGAGGAACAACAUAGAAAGGAAGAAGAAGAAAGGAAAAUGAGAGAAGAGGAACAGAGAAAGAGAGAAGAAGAGGAAAGGAUAAAGAAGGAAGAACAGAAAAAGGAAGAACAGGAGGAAAUGAAAAAGAGGCAAGAGGAAGAACAAAGAAAGAGGGAAAAAGAGGAACAGAAAAAGAGGAAAAAAGAGGAACAGAGAAAGAGGAAUCAAGAGGAACAGAGAAAGAGAGUAGAAGAGGAACAGAGGAAGAGGGAGCAAGAGGAACAGCGAAAGAGAGCAGAAGAAGAACAGACAAAGAGGGAAGAAGAGGAACAGAGAAAGAGAGCAGAAGAAGAACAGAGGAAGAGGGAAGAAGAGGAACAGAGAAAGAGAGCAGAAGAGGAACAGAAAAAGAGGGAAGAAGAGGAACAGAGAAAGAGAGCAGGAGAAGAACAGAGGAAGAGGGAAGAAGAGGAACAGAGAAAGAGAGCAGAAGAGGAACAAAGAAAGCGGGAACAAGAGGAACAGGCAAAGACGGCCGAGGAAGAAAGGAGGAAGAGGGAAGAAGAAGAAAGGAAGCGGGAUAAUGAGGCUAGACCGGAAGAAGAACAGAGAACUGCACAAGAGGCAAGAGAAGCAGAGGCACGUGAACAGAGCAGAAGGACCAACAAACAAACUAGAGCAGAAGAAGAAACAGGCGAUUCAGAGACGUCCUUGUUGCUUGGUCAAACCAGCCAAGAAAACAACAAGGGAAAUCAAGGUAUGUGCGACUGUUGUACUAUUCUCUGAAUACUUGAGAAAGCAAUGAAACUUGAUGGAUUUUGUGUGUUGAUUUUAGUUUUGCUCCAACAUUCUAUAUUUUUAGUACGCUAUUUUAGUAUACCAUGCAAAUGAGUCUUCAAUAUGAGUGUUCGUUCUUA